UUGAUUUUCUCUGGCCCACAAAAGCUUCUCCGCAUGUCUCCUCGCACCCGUCUUUCCACAACCGAUCGUUUUCUCCGCUAACCUAGUUUCACCAUGUCACUAGUUUCCCCGUGAAUACGCAGCCAUCCGAAACUACGCGUUUCUCCCCGUCCCUAUUAAUUCGCGAUUCAAUCCCGUCGGAAACCCGUGUUAAAUGUGGGAAACCCAAGUCGGUGCCAGGUGAAAUCGUCAACUCCAGUGUCUUGCCGUACAUUAUUGCGCAAAAGGAGUUUUGGAUAUGUGCAGGGGAGGAUUUGAAAAUGUUCCGGAUGAUGUUUUGGCACACCCUUAAGUACAUUUUAGUUUACCAAACUUGAAUGAGGAGCGCUGUUUUUUUCUUUCGGAACACCCACGCCAGUUUACCCUACCAGAUGAGUCCCACCCAAUUCGAUAAGAGAGGAAAUCGCGACUUCAUCGAACAUAUUUACAUUCUUCGUGCGUAACUUGGAAUAUAUCUCUAUUACACGGCUAUAUUCCUAUCCUCAAAGCAAUAGAUCAUUGAAUGACACGCCUCCUCUAGUCGGGGGAAAGGCAGACAAGUUGACAGCCCGAAAAUGAAAAUGGAUUUCGAACUUGUUUUCUUACUGUACCCCUUCAUGAUUUUCAUCGGGAACGAUGUGGUGAAGUGCGAGCCGAGACCCGGGAAAUAUACCGACUCGGGGAUCUUCGACUCCGAGUUGAAGGACAAGCGAAUGGUCAACAAGAGGUACGGGGUGAACCUCGACUCCUGUUCGUCGAAUUUCGCCGUGCACCGGGACAAAAUCAUCCGCACCGAGGAUUCAAUCAAAAUGGGUGCCAAGUACCUCAGCGCCAGCGACGUCCUGUCUCGUGACGAUUGCUUGAGAAUAUGCUGUCAAACGGACACGUGCAACGUUUUCGUUUUUGAAGAGAAGACUCCUGGAACAUGUUACCUCUUCAAUUGUGGUAGUCCUGAUGAUUUCAAAUGCAAUUUCACUCACCAUCACAACUACAGUAGUGCAGUUCUCACUGUCAACAGGCCAUUAAUUGAACUUGAAAGUCAGAUUCCCCAUAGCCAGCAUGAAGAAGAACUUCUCAGAUUACGAAAACCGGAAGCUCCAAUUGUGCAAAUCGUGGAGACCACGACGCCAAUUGCAAAGAAAGGCAGCAAAGAGAUCCUUCCUACUGUUAUUGAAUUCGGUUCUCCAGUUGCUGGCAGUAAAUGCAGUAGAAAUCAAUUUGAAUGUCAUAGUUCAGGAGAAUGUUUAGCCAUUUACAAUGCCUGCGAUGGAAUCCCACAAUGCCCUGAUGGGAGUGAUGAAGCUCCAGAACUUGGAUGUCCAACAACUGCUCCACCAACAUCUGCUCCUGUUGUUUCAUCUGUGAAAUCCCAGCCCUCAGUGGAGAACCUUGGGUUCAUUCCGAACAAAGCGCCACAACAUGUUGACGUUCAUGCGGAUAAGUCAGGAGACCCUGUCCGACCAUUCGUAUCUGGUCCUAUGAACAUGAUGAAUCAGCAGCAAAUAGCUUGGCAGCAGCAAAUGUAUAAUAAUCCAAAUGUGAAUAUGAUGCCAAACAAUGCUGAACAGCAAGGCUUGCCGAUUGGAAAAACUCCGGAGCAGCUCUUAAAUCAAGCGAAAACUUACGGACGUGAAGGUGAAAAUUUUCAGUGGCAAGAAUCAAUGCCAAAAGGAGAUAUGCACAUUUUUACCCACAAAGGAGGACUCAUGACUAACUAUCAGCCCCCGGAGUCAGUGAACCCCAUGAAUGGGCAGCAAUAUGGUGAAAUAUCGUCCUCUAACAUUAACUAUUAUAAUAAUGUCGGCUUCAAUCACUUACAACAGCAGCCGCAGCCUAUGCAGCCUAAUUGGCACCGGAAAGCUAUCCCGCCUGAAAUUAAUGUAAAUGCGGGCGGUUAUGAUUACUUCUACGAGGAUCCGCGGGCUCGUUUGCAACAGCAGGCUCAAGCUCAAUCCCAAGCUCACCCCAACAACAUCAAUAAUUUCCAGCACCAGCCAGCUCAUUUUCAGGAGACUCAAGAUGUUGGAUCAAUCUAUAAGCCAGCAAGGCGCCCAGCUGAUUCGGUGAAGAAAGCUAACCCUGUAGAUAUCCUAUUCACAACCGAAAUGCCUUCUUCAACUACUCUUAAGCAUAAAAUUCACUCUCAUCACACCCAUCACAAGCCUCCUGCUUCCCAUCGAAAAGUGGAAAAGUUUGGAGCAGAGCCAAAUCUGAAAAUUUUUGAAGAAGACGUGGAAGAGAAGUCUGUACCGAGUGGAGCAAUAUUAUCUUUAACAUUGGGUCUGUUGGUCACUGCUCUGAUGGUCGUUAUUGUCGGAUGUCGAAUGAGAGUGAUACGCCGGCGUUUACGUCGUGGUGGAAAAUCAGGCUACUCCCACGAUGCAGAUUUUCUUGUCAACGGAAUGUACUUAUAACACUAAAAUACCUAGUUAUUACAUUGUUAUUGUGGAAUUGGUUUAUUUUUAUUAUUUUUUAUAUUCGGCUGAGUAGUAAUAAAUCUCAAUAAUUUAUAAGCUAUUUUCUUUUAUUGCUUGAAAAUUGAUGGAACUAAAUGAAGAAAAGGUAGUUGUAUCACGAGAGCUGUCAAUCUCCUCUGUUCUGGUUUUAAUAUAGUAGUUUAAAGAUGCAAAGGCAUUGCCUUUGUUUCAAAUAGUUGAGAACACCCAAAAUAUGACAAUAGUGAAACUUCUCCAUUGUUAAGUUCUCAUAAUGAUGAAUUAUAGAAAUGAACUAAAUGAAACAUAGGGAAGUUCAGAUGACAGAGUCUGCACUAAAUAAGUUGGCUGACUUUUAGAAUGAGACAAGAGGUCCUAUUUCUUGCAUUCAUUUUCAGUGUCAGCAAGAUAACUGUAUACUUCCAACAUGCCCUAAAGUUGGUUACCUUUUUUGGCAAGUAUCCUGAUUAGUAAGUUAAAGAUGAGACAUACUACAAAGUAUUGCUUAUAAAUUUAGAAUGCUGUCAUUAUUCCAAAGAUAUGCAUCGGAAAAGAUUACACGCUUUUGCCUUGGGGCCUUCAGAAAACUAUUCCAAUAUUUAGCAAGAUGUAUUAAUUUUAUAGAUUCUUCUCUGCUCAUAGCAGGCCUCAUAAUCCUAGCUAGAAUAGUGUAUUACAUGUUUGUCUCUCUUAGACAGUUCGAUUAAGAUCCCAUAGUAGUUCUAAAAUAUUUUCUUUUAGGUUUGCUUGAAAAGUGCUGAAGACCAAAUCAUUACCGCAGAAAUAGGACGCCCUGGGUUGGAAAGAUUUGACAACAGAAGAAAAUUUUUAAUCUAAAAAUAUAAGGAAAAACAUAGAAUUCCAUUAAAAACAAGAUUUUUUUUCUCCAUACUCGUUCUAAAUCUUAUAAGUUUUUACAACUUUCUCAGUAAAUUUUAAUUCCCGAAAAGGAGAGUUAAGAACUUGGAGAUCAAUUCUUAAAUCAAUGGUAAAUAAUGUGCCUUUUUAUGCAAGUAGAUAGAACAUUGAUAAAAAAAAGAAUGUCAGAGGAUUUCAGCGUUUUUGCCAGAAAAAUAAUGAAAAUAUCAUGGAAUUAUUCUUUUUGAAGUCAUGUACACCCUGAAAAGUGACCGCAAAGAAUAGAAAAAUUAAUAUCUGACCUAUAUUCUACAUUUGUUUUAUUAUGUGAGAGGAGUUCCAUACAGUUUAAAUUGCUAUCGGCAGAGGGAGAUCAGCAAAAGACUUCCUAUUUUGUAGUCUUUGAAAAUUUUUAAGAAUUUACAGAGGGUCAAAAAGCAGUAAAUACUACUCGAUACCUUAUUUUCAAAGACUCGCUCUUAUUCUUUCAGUUUGUGACAAAUGAUUGAAGAAAACUUCCUUCUUCUCAACAGUCAUAGUUUUUAGGAUAAGCUGAGCAAGCAGUAGUAUUAAUGUUAGAGGCCGGUGUGUUGUUGAAAAUGGCCUACCCUUUUUUUAAUACCGCUUUUACUCAUAGUGGUAACAUUUCAUUUUACUGAAGUUCUCACAAGUUUGUUAAUAAAAUUUGAUUUCUUAAUCGAAGCUUUAACCGAUAAGACUGAUUAACCAACAUUAAUUUUCAAGAAUAUAAGUUCCCUAUUUAUCAAUAAAUUGCUUAAAGGAUAACUGGA